CCCGACGGCUGCGGCGGGGUUUAUGUGGUUAAAGCUACGGACACGGCUUUCCAGCCGUUAUCAUGUCCCUCCGUCCUCUUCGAGAUUCCGGCCUGCCCGUGAAGAAGCUACCGCUGCUCCCCACGAUCCAAGGAGCGGGUGUGAGGGACGAUGGCCGUGGUGCCGAGGCCUGGUAACAGAGGCUGGUGGGCGUCUGGAGAGAGUAAACCUCGGCCGUGUCCAGAGCGGUGUUUCUGGGGCGCCAAUUAAUUGCGGCGCAUCCUCGUCGACGACGAGUGGGCCCCGUUUUGUGCAGGGGCCUGAAAAUACAUAUUAUAAUCAAUUAAUAGAUUUUUCUUUUUUUUUUUGUUUCUGCCUGUGCGUAACCUGAGUUUGUUUUUUUCCCCCCCCAUUUUCACUUGUUGGGUGGUUCUGGCUGCUUGCAUCCCAAUGGGACAAGCCAUGUCUCUUUUAAAAGGUUACUUACGAACAAACACAUCUGCCUUAGAACUUCAGAUACAGGAGCUCCGACGGCUUGAUAAGUAAAUCAUUGCCUGGUGAGCUCGGCCUCUCUGAAAACAAGGUCACAACUCCCAACCUUGUUUUGUGGUGUGUAAACUGUUAUUGGUGUCAAUGUUUUAAUUAGCCUCAGCGCCCCUCUACCAAUGUCAUGCAAUAAAAGUUGCUGACUAUCUUGUAAGCUUGGCUACGGUUUACGUUGUUUUAGCCAGCUGCAAUAAGUUUAGUAAAAAAAUACCUUGCAUUCAUUCAUACGAGACAAAUAAAUGUACUUUAAUAAGGUCUGCAUGCUCAUUGUAACCAAGAUAUGGCUAGUCAGUGAUUUCGACUAGAUAACACAGUGACUCCUACUGGAACAUGCGUGGAUGUUGGAUUUACAAGGCGACUGUUUGGUGGCAGGACACUUCCUCCUUAUUUAGUGAUGGCUGUCCUAAUUGUCUUUUUUGUGGGAGCUGCACUAACCAUGUUAUUGCCCAAAGUUGUGGAAAGUGGAGUUGUUGUUGACCGUAGGGAGCAGGUUGACCAGAGAACCGAUGCUCAGAGCUCCUUCACCAUUAUCAUGCAGUCCUACAACAGGACGGACCUGCUUCUUAAACUGCUGAAUCAUUAUCAGGCCAUUCCAAAUCUACACAAAAUCAUUGUGGUUUGGAAUAGUGUUGGAAUAAAAGUGCCAAAAGACUUAUGGGAUUCACUGGGACCACAUCCCAUCCCUGUUAUUUUUAAGGAACAGACUGUGAAUAGAAUGCGGAACCGACUGGAGCCGAUUCCAGAACUGGAAACCAAAGCUGUCUUGAUGCUUGAUGAUGAUAUUUUAAUUAGCGCCUAUGACCUUGAUUUUGCCUACUCAGUGUGGCAGCAAUUUCCAGAUCAAAUAGUCGGGUUUGUCCCACGGAAACAUGUCACAACUUCCUCGGGAAUUUACAGCUAUGGCAGUUUUGAACUCCAGAACGCACUGGGUGGGAGUGGUGACCAUUACUCCAUGGUGCUAAUUGGAGCUGCAUUUUUCCAUGCCAGUUACCUCGAGAAGUUUAAAGUCCAACUCCCAGCUGUCCACAGCCUAAUAGACAAGACCCAGAACUGUGACGACAUUGCCAUGAAUUUUAUAGUUGCAAAGUUUACCGGGAAGCCAUCAGGAGUGUUUGUGAAGCCAGUGGAUAUGAGGAAUUUGGAAAAAGAUUCCAACAGUGGCUUCAAUGGGAUGUGGCACCGGGCAGAGCACUUGCUUCAAAGAUCUUGGUGUCUGAAUCAACUGGCUGCUAUCUAUGGCAGCAUGCCUCUGAAAUAUUCCAACAUUAUGAUCUCGCAAUUUGGGUUUCCUAACUAUGCAAAUCACAAAACAAAAAGUUGAAGAAUACACGGUACAGUUGCUGGUGUGUUAAUUGCUAUUACAGACUUCUACAAGGAGGUUGAGACUGGACAAAGAUUGAUCUGAUUUUGAUGCAUUUCCCCAGCUGGUCCAGCAGAGGGAGAUGCAAUAGAAAUGAAUCUUUUGCUUCCACUUACUGUGCAGGUGCUGUUAUUGAAGCAGACGCUGUUAUUGAAGCAGAUGCUGUCAAGUAUUGCUAUUUUUAAUUUUUACAACUGCCGUAAGUCUUUAUGUAACAGUCUGCAAUUCUGUAGAAGCUUUGUUGUGUACUGCAUUUUGUUCAAUUGUCUUUGUUGCUGCUUGUCCAUAGGGCAGUGAUGUCUUGACCAACUAUUACCACUAGUAUUGCCACUAGUUACUGGAGUAGCCAAUUUGUAGAUUGUUGAGUCUGCUUCAAUAUCUUCACCUUUACAAGUGAUUAAUGAUGUGCCUCACCCACUGUUAAAAUACUUUGAAAAGGUUAUGUCUGAAUCACUCUGCUUCUGUCAAUUUGCUUUAUUUCACUCCUGUCCUUUAUACUUUUAACUAUUGCUGGUGACUUUAAUUUGAUGUACAUGUGUGUUCUCAGGAUACUAUGAUGUGUAUGCCUUUAGUGAAUAAAUCUCCCAAUAAUUCUAAACAAAGGAUCCUCUGUCUGUCUCCCUCUCUCUGUCUCCCUCUGUCUGUCUGUCUCUCUCUCUCUCUCUCCCAUACCUGCUAUCUUCAUGCUCUUUGAAAGGAGGGAGAAAAUGCUGUGUCAGUUUUUGAAAUUAAUUUCUAUUUUAUCUCCCUUCUUCACUGUCAUUCCCAAAGUCUCCUAUCUGUUGUCCUGGGUCAUCCUGGUUCCUGUACUGCUUAAGUAAAACUUGGGAGCAAUUAUAAUGCUUAGAAUAAUUUUUGUAAAAUGUUUUUAUGUACUAUUUUUCAUUUUCACUUCUCCAUCUGUCCUGCUGGAAGCAGUGUUUCACAUUGGGGUAAAGUUUCACUGAUGUCAGCCAUGCUCCUGUUCUGGCCCAGUUGCUGCUCUUUGUGUUGGAGUGUUGUCUGGCUAUUCAACUGUGAGCAUUUUGCAGCAGUUCAAUUUUGCUCAUUUUUAACCUUUACGUGUUGCACUUUCUAGUGACAGUUAUCAUGCAACAAUCAGGAGCUGGAAGCCUUGCUGAUAUUUUAACUACUCUUCUCUAAUUCUAACAGCAUUAAGAGGUCAGAUAACUCUUGUGGUACAUUUACUCACCAAAGGAUAUGAUGUAACUUCUAGUUGCGAUCAAACUGCUUGAAAUAUUCAACUUCAGCACAACUAGGAAUGACAUAAUAAUUGAAACUUUUGGUGCUCAAAUUGUUUGUAUCUUGACAAGAUCAUUUGCUGUUAGUUAUCUUGGGAGCAUUUUUAUGUCAUUACCAAUACAGUACAAGUCUUUAA